UUAUGAAAAUUAUUGUGGUCUUACUAGCAGUGGUAACUCAUCCUCUGCAACACCGUUUUCCUACAACAAUGCAGAAACUGCUUGCAUGUUCCCGGAUUAGCAAACAUCCUAAAUCGGCUGUCACUUAUGUUGUCCGUCCAGGGUGUUCACACUUGUAUAUCUUUGACGAUUGCAAAAUGGUAAAGCCACUAGAUUGUUGCGAGCAACACUGCCAGCAAAGAAUUCGUAGAAAAGUAUGCAAUGAGCCGCUUCUUUACAAAAAGAAUCUUAGCUUUGGCAAUUUCAAAUGGGUUCCUUUCAAGACAUUUUGCUAUUACCCUCCUUCGGAGCUACUAAAACUUUCUUUAAGAGACAGCAGUUUGUGGAUUUGCUAGAUGCUUCACUGGAUGAUUCGGGCAAUGUGCCUCCUGCAUUGCGUAAAGGAAUAUGGGAUGUUUGGCAUGGAAACGUAUGGCGCCAGUUGAAGGACAAUAGAGGCUGUCAAUUUUUUAGUGACGAAUUCAGUAUUGGGUUGACUCUCAAUGUGGAUUGGUUUUGUCCUUUUUCUCGUUCACCGUAUAAAGUUGGUGUUAUGUUCAUGUCGGUUCUGAACCUACCACGUAAACAGCGGAUGAAACAGAGAUGGACUAUGCUUGUCGGCAUUAUACCAGGUCCAUCUGAACCAAAGCUACAUAUCAAUGACUUUCUAAGACCUUUAGUCGAUGACUUGGAGCUGUUGUGGAAUGGUAUAGAAGUUGUUCUAGCUGAUGGUUCUAUCAAAGCAGUGAAAGCAGCUCUUGUGUGUGUGUCUUGUGAUUUACCAGCAUCUCGAAAGGUUUUGCAGUUUUUGGGUCACAAAUCAGAUCUUGGUUGUAGCAAGUGCAAAUUUCAAGCUGAGAGAGCACCGGGAACACAUGGAGCAUCAGGCAAAAUGAGCUACCUCACCAAUGGGGAGACUUCUUUGUCUAUACCUUUGAGAAGUGGUGCAGAGGUUCGACAGCAGGCACUGACAUACAGAGACGCUUCAACUAAGGCUCAACAGGACCAUCUUGCGAAAACCAAUGGAGUAAGAUAUUCGGAACUGUUAAGAUUGCCAUAUUUUGACCCUGUAGAGAUGACAGCUGUCGAUCCGAUGCAUUGCUUCUUUUUGGGAUUGGUAUCUCAUGAAAUAUCGCUUAUCCUGGGAACUAGUAACGAUUCAUUUUCUAUGCUAUCUGCAAAUCAAGUCAUAUUGAAACAACGAAUAAAAGCUUUAAACCAGCAGCUGCCGUUGGACAUUGGUAGGCUUCCUGGCAAGGUUGUUGACAGUGAUCAUCGUGCUAAAAUGACAGCAGCUCAAUGGAAACAUUUCAUUGUUAUAUAUGCCAGAGCAUGCUUCAUAAAACUUGUUCUACUUACUGUUUAUACAAGUCUUCGACUGCUAGCAGAAGUAGUCGAGCUUUUAAUAGAUGAUUCACCUACACAAGAAAUCAUUGAUCUGAUAGAAGUUAGAAUACAACGUCAUCAUGAGGCCUAUUGUAAGGCCUAUGGGAAAUGGAAUGUCCCUGUUAACUAUCAGAUGGCAUUACACACGGCAGAUUGUAUGAAUGACUUUGGACCUGCAAACAAUUUUUGGUUGUUUGCUUGUGAACGUGAGAAUGCUGUUGUUGGCAAUGCUCCGACUAAUGGAAUAUCAAUUGAAGGGCAGAUUUAGAAGAUAUCAUGUGCAAUAUCAGCUGGAGAGCUCUUUCAUCGAUCCUAUGGAUCUGCCACAGCUACCUUCAAUCCCUGCUGAUCUCUAUGCUCUUUAUGAAAGUUGGACUGAUAUAGUGACAAACUUGGAAUUUGGCAGGUGGCUGCCUAGUAGAUUACAAUUAGCCGCAUCUACUAGACUUACUAAUGCUGAAGGAGAAGACCUAAUGGGCAUGCAGCUAAUGUUAGAUGCUGAUGAAGAUGAUGAUUCAAUGGACUCUUGGCCAGUUAGUCUUUGUCACCCAGCUAGAAAAAUUUUACUUUGGCAGAUAAUGUACAGGCUUUGCUUGUCAAACACUUUCAGCAAGUUUAUGGUGACAAGUUAGUCUGUGUUGCGAGGAAGAUUGACUUGUUUGCACGAUGUAUGGUCAAUGGAUGUGUCUUUAGUUCAGAGAUGAACAGAACAAAUCGAACAAAUGCCGUUCUAGUGUACUGGACAAUCCUCGAUGAUCAAGAUCAGUUCGUAACGAAGCCAUACAUUGGCAAUGUUUUGUUUUUUCUUCAAGCACUUGUUUAUAUUAGAGAAUCUGGAACAGAUGAGAUCAAACUGUUACGCCAUACCCUUGCCAGAGUGGAGUGGAUCAAGCCAAGUUCAACUUUAGUUGAUUUUGAUUCAGGCUUGCUUUCCCUGCAAAGGAGAAACUACAGUGAAAGUCACUUUCCUUUUAUUACUCCACGAAGGCUAAUAUGCAAAUGUGCUCUAAUUGAUAUUAGUCAAAAACGUUUGGUUGUGCAAAUUCCUGUUAGUUCAUAAUGUUGUAUUUGUACAUCGUAUAGACUUAUUAAUUAACUAUUAUUGUAAUUGGAAAUUGUAGACAUUUGUAAUAUUCUAACCCUAGCU